AUGUCUUUCUCAAAACUUCACGAGUAUGAUAUCAAAACUUGUUAUAGUUGCCAAAAAUGCCUUUUUUGCUUUAAAGAUUUAAAAGAUAAUUUUUGCGCCUGUGAUUUAACUAAAAAACCAUCUCGUACUGAUACUUUUCCAAAUCGAACUAUUCGAGCUCAAGUUAAUUGGCUAAAAGAAUGUGAUAAAUUUUUUGGAUAUGAAAGCGACUUUAAUAAAAACUUCGACCUAACACUUUGUUCAGCAUGUAAUUCUAAACAUGAUCGGGGUAAAAGUUUAUAUUUAGAUGAUCAAAGUAAUAUAAGUAUUAGUGACCAAGAUGAUGAAAUAGAAAUUAUUAACUUAACUGAAUUAAAAGUAAUGCUUAUUAUUGAUACUAAAAAAACUAAUUUACCUCCAGGAAAAUGGCUAGUAUUUACAACAGAAGAAGUUAACAAUUUCUAUUCAUUUCAAUUAAGUUUAAAUUGUCAUAUACAAAAACAUUUAGAUAUUCAAUUUAUUAGUAAUGACGAUUAUGAGUUAUCUUACAAAACAAAUGGUCGAAAGCAAGCUAUGUUUAGUGAUAGUGAAAGUACAACAAAAAAAGAUUCCAAGAGUUCUAAAGGUUUCAAAAAAUUAAAAAUAAACCAUAUACCUAAAGAAGAAGAUUUGAAUGAAACUGAAUACAAUAAAGCACAACACCUUCAAUUAAAUUCUGCUCGAUUAUUAUUAUGGGCUCAUGAAAUUAUGAACCACUUAACGACAAUAGAUGUACUACCUACUUAUCUUGCAUUUGGAAUGGUUCAUUCUAUAAAACCAAAGAUUGAUGAUCAAACAAUUCAACAAACAACAACGCUACUAGGCUCAUAUCCUAAUAUGCUACCAGGCUCAUAUUCUUAUAUGCUACCAGGCUCAUAUCAUAUUCCACCAGGCUCAUACCCUUAUAUGCCACUAGGCCCUUAUCCUUACAUGCAACCAGGAUCUUAUCCUUAUACAACUCCUAUCUCAUCAUAUCAUCAAACUCCCCAAACUGCUUCUAAAUGCAAUAUUUCAUUAAAUAAAUUUUUUACUGAAUUAGAUAAAGUUUAUAAUGGUAAUGGAAUAUAUACUUCUUUAGAAAAAUCUUUUGAAGAGCAGGAUAUUAUGGUAAAUAGCAUUAAAGAUUUAACGGAUAAUCAACUGAUAGAGUUAGGGGUAUCUAAAGUUGGAUGGCUAAUAAAUAUAAGACGAGAGGCUCAAAAAUAUUGA